AUGGCUUCAAAAUCUUGGUCUUAUCAAGCGCAUGAGUAUCCGAUUUCAACAUUCUGUCGAGUCGAAGGCACAAACUAUAUUUUAACAGUAGCAAAAGAUGAAAUCAAACUCAAGAACUUAGAGGAUACACAAGCACAACAAACACUCUUUACUAAAUCCCAUAAUGCCGACAUAACUCUGAUUGAUGCCAGUCCAUCCACUUUAAAGGUUGUGUCUGCUAGUUUUGAUCAAGUACUUCUAACUGAUAUGACUGUAGGCGAUGUUAUCAUGCGGUUCUCAGGUAAUAAAGAAAGCAAAGGGAAACUAGUGAGGGAUUGUAAAUUCCUUAGCCGGAACUUGAUAGCUACUUGUGGAGACUAUACUGCAUUGAAUCUAGCUGAUAUUCGAGAACGACCUGCAUCGAAUUCCAGUAAAAUACAAGAGUCACCUAAUUGUUGGACCUACCCGUUUCUGACCGAGGAUAAUUUGACCUCACUUGGAUAUUCUCAUCCUUAUAUAUCCAUGGGAUCGUCUAGCGGGACAGCAUACAUUCUUGAUUUAAGAAACCUGCAGUUCAUUUACAGUAAUGUUUCAAAGAAUUUAUUGAUGGCCGUUGAGCAGCACCCAGGUAACCUAUCGGUUCUGUUUGACAAGGAAGGGAUAAUACGAUUCUACGAUGUAAAAAAAGAUCAGUUUAUGGCACAAGGAUGCUGUGUAAAUCGGGCAAUUGAACACCAGAUCAACAUGCAUUAUGUUCCUGAGCUUGACUUUGUCAUAAAUGGAUCCGAGGAAGGAAUAGUACAUUUGUGGCGUCUAAAUGAAGACAGAUCAAGGUUUGUCAGUGCUUUAAAUUUUGCAGUUUUAGGAAGAGUAGAUUCUCCAGCUAGUGGUAUACCUGCAGCUAACACAAUUAAUCAUGUUGAUUUUGACCCAGCUGCCAAAAGGUUAAUUGCAAGUUCUGCAAGUGGAGUAUUGCAUGUUUGGGAUGAUCUAUCUAACUUAAAAGCUUAA